AAGGCCUGGUACACGUUUUUUCGAACAAAAAUGUAAGAUUUUUCAAUUGCAAUAUAUGUAAAUUUUUUUGUCAAAAAGUAUGACAUGUUUGGUAUGUUUGGAAAGAUUUUUUUAACCACUAUUAUAAUCUGGUAAAAGUAAUGCGACUUUAACAAAUCGUCAAGCGUAGUUUUAUUUAGAAAAGAUGUAAUUUUCAACAUAAAGUACCGUGGGGCUUGGCUAUAGAUGAGUCUAUAAAUUUGAUUUUUUCAUAAAAGCAUGUCUUGGUGUUUGUUUUCAAUGAAUGUAACGUGACAUUUACGAUUAGACAUUAUUUGGGGAAAAUAUCCAUGAAAAACUAUUUUUUUAUGAAAAUUGAAGUUAAUAUUUUCAAUACCACACCUAAAUGAAUAAUUUUAACAAUAAUGUCAAAUUAGAUUCAGAUAAACUAUGGUAGUGUUAAUGUUUCUGCAAAAGUCGUUUUUACAUAAAUAUUCACAACUUUAAGCCCCAAUUAAAAAACUGUUUUCGGUAUUUAGUUUCAUUUUUUGAAAUACUCGGGACUUAUUCGGCAUCUUAAAAAAAUAAUUUAUUCCAUUCAGCAGAAUGCGUCAACAAUUUGAAAAAAGAGGCGGUAAACUUUAUAAACAAGUUAGUUUUGAUUUUCAUAUCAGCAGCAUAUAAACUUUAUAAACAAGUUAGUUUCAUUGCUUCUAAAAAUAAAUGCAAUCAACUUUUUAAAUUAAAGUAUGGAAUGACUGUGAUAUCAGUUGAUAUAAUAUUUUUUACUCUUUAAACUUUAUAGAUCAUCACUAUGUCUAUAAUAGAUCCAUUAUCGUGUGGUUAUGUCAAAGUUAUUGUGUUUAACCUGCUGAUGUCAAAGGCUUCCUUACAGCAAAGAAUUGAUGAAUAUAAUUCAAUAUUCAGCUGUCAAAAAGAAAAUUUUGCUGUCUCUAAUGAUAUCCAUCGUCGAAAUUUUCCUAAGAUUAAGGCAAAAUUAUGUUAUCUUUCUAAACGACAUAGUGCAAAAAAGAAGAUAAUAAUGGACACAUUUUCUUUAAAUGCAUGGAUUAAACUUAGUUUAACAGAAAAAUGUCGACACAGGUUUUCCAACUGUCAAGAGUGUGUUAAGCUUAAUGCAAAUGUGUUAUCUUUAAUCCCAACAAACACUAAGUUUUACAAAAAAAAAGCAAGUUAUCUUUUGUCAAAUGAAAUCGCAACUGGAAACAAAGAAAAUUUAAUAAGUUGCGCAAGUACUUUAUUGGAUGAAGCAAAUAGAAAAUUUAAAAAACAAUACUUUAUGCCAAUAACAAAUGCAAUACCCCUCAUACCUGAUUCAAACUUAAUUCAGAAACCAUCAAGAACUGACAUAAAAAAAUUACGCAAUAAAUAUGCAAGGUUAUUCAAAUGCAGUGUUGAAAAAUGCUUUGAAGAAACAGCAGCUGUAAGGGCAUUUGGAACUGAAAUAUCUUUGCGGAAGGCUACAAAAAUACGAAUGAAUCAAAGCUUUGAAACUUUUGCAAACUUAAAAGUUCGUAAUGAAAAAAAAAAUCCAAAUAAACUUAAAGAUCAUACUGGAAACUACACAAAUAAAUGGAAUGAAAAUGAUUGUUGGAAGGAGGUAGUUUCUUAUGUGCCAGGUACAAAAAUCAAUUUUACUGAGCUAGCACAAAAAUACAAUGUUAUUAACAGUAAUGGUGAGAUAGCUAAAAAUGGGGGUCAAAUUGUAAAACAGUUUCUAUCAAGUAAAGGUGUUGACUUAAGUUGUUUGAAAUAUAAAGGCCAAGGAAAUAGAAUAAUAAGACGAUGUAAGAAGAAAAUUCAUGCAACAGAUAUUAGUAUACCUGCUGAACCAACAAUAAAAAAAAUUAAGUUGAAUAUAAAAGAGAAAGUGUCUAAAGGAGAAUAUACCAUUGGUGAAUUAAUUAUACCACAAAAGUUCCAAAUCCUUACAAUAACUGAUGAUAAAUCUUUUAAAACUACUGAGGUAGAUGUAGCAGGUAGAAAAAUCCCUCUUAAUCAUAUCAGAAAAACACUUGCUGAAAAGCACAAAUGUUUUAUGCGAUUACAUUCAGAAUCUGAAAUAAAUUCAAUGAGCGAUGGCAAGGUUAAAGAAGAACUAAAUCGUUUAAAUGAAAACGACAAUAGCAUUCACAAACUUCAGGAUUUGCGAAAAAAACUAUUAUAUUUUAACAGAAGAAGACACAUACAAGUUUGGCAUGAUGGAUCUACUGUAAACAACCAUUCACAUUUACUGUUUAUGGUGAACUGUGUGUAUGAUAAAGCAAUAUAUUACACUGAAAAGGAGUAUUUUGAAAUUCAUGGUAAAAAAAUUGACGUUCAAGCUCAGAUUGAAAAACCUGAACUUUAUAUAUUUGCUCGUUGUUCAUCAACAGAUAAACAGCUUAUGUACACAAGUACCAGAAAUGAAGAUAACAGACUGUUAGGAGAGUCUAUUGAUAUAAAUGGUGAAAAAAUUAAUGAUAUAAUGCGUUUUUUUCAUGGUGAUGCACCUGCCUGUCAGUUUGAGAUUGGACAGCAAAAAGGAGGUGAUUAUCCUUGUUGUGCAUGUCCAAUUAACAUAAAUCGCUCUUAUGAUACAGCUUAUUCAUUUUAUCAACCUCUGCUGAGUAUAGAAAAUAGAGUAAAGAAGCUCACACUUACUCAAAUAAGCAGAAAUAAAAUAAACAAACAGCAAACUAAACUGUACAAAAACUUACCAAAACAUGAAAUUAUUGAUGAACUUAAUGAACGAGGAAUAUAUUUUCAAUAUAAAUCACACAAAAAAAUUCUUCAGCAAAAACUUGAUAAUGAAAUGCAUGGCAUGCAGCGAUUACCAGCUUUGCUGUUUAAUGAGGAUUUCGAUGACUUAGAAAAGCUUUAUUUAAGUAAAUAUGAAUGA